AUGGUCAAGCUGAACGCAAUGCUGGAAUCACAUGGUUGGGAUACUGUGGACCAUCAGCAGAUGCCAGCAAUCAAGCUGCACGAUUCAUGCCGCGGCAUCGGACCCCUCGAGCACUUCGUUUCUCGCUCCUUCAGCGAGACAUUUGCGACAUUGACAACAAUUGUCGUCACCGGUGUACUCGACGACUUCGGUAUAGAAUCUCAAGGUGCGGCGCGCCAGUCUAUAGCUUGCACCGAGACAAGACAAACGGAGGCGGCAACGGCAAUGGCGAUAAUGGCAGAAAGAGGAGGCGCGGUAUGGAAGAGAAGGGGCGGCUGGGAGCGGUUCAGCUGGUAA